AUGGCGCGCCCCCUGCGCUGCGGCGGCGGUGGCAGCAGGCGCAGCAAGACGCACUGGAUGUGCAGCUGCGGUGGUUGGAACUGGGACUGGCGUGCCACGUGCCUCGGCUGCGGCUACACGGCACCGCCGUGGGUGCUGGAUGCCGCUGCCGCCCGGGCCAGGCCCCAGGCGGACAAGGACGGCUGGGUGGACCAGCCACGAGGGCGCCGCGCCCAGAGGCAGGCCCGCGGCGCGGCGGAGAGUGCGGCUUCCACCGGGUCGCAGACCUCGGCGUCGGGCGACAGCGGGACGCCCAGCGGCGGUGGCGCCACGGCGAUCGAGAGGCUGCAGGCAGCGGUCGAGCAGCUGGAGGCGCUGCAGGCGGGCCGCCCGACGGCCCAGCUGGGGGCCAAGCGCGCCGAACUGGACGCGGCCCAGAGGGCAGCAGCGGAGCAGAAGGCGUCCUCCCUGCCGCGGUCAACGCUGCUCCGCAAGGAGGCGAACGCCAACAGCAAGGGAGAGAGGCGGCUCCGUGCCGAGCGCCAGAGCCUGGAGCAGAAACAGGCAGCGCGCGACCUCGCCGAGGCCCAGCCCCAAAAGGCGCAGCAGGAGCUGGCGCAGCUCGACGCGGAGCUGGAGGAGGCAUCCUGUGCUGUCCGCGCCCUCGAGGAGGACGCCCGCGCAGAGGCAGAGGCGCUGCGGCGGCAGCGGGCAGCCGAGUGGGCAGGAUCCAGCGAGGUCCCUGGGCUCCUCGCGCAGCUGGACAAGCUGCCCGAGGCGUGGGGGUCCAGCAACUUCGAGGUGGCAUGGGCAGCCAUUCGUGCCCAGGUGGAGGCCGCGCGCACGCUGCUCGCCCAAACCCCUGCUGCACCAAGGAGGGCGCCAUGGGCUGAGUCAUGCCCCAUGGAGGAGGUCAGCAGCGAGGACGGCACCCACGCAGGAGCUGCCGAGCCCUGGCAGCCGCAGAGCGCCGCGGAGCGCGGCCAGGCAGAGCGCCGCGGCGACGCCCGCGGCGAGUGGCCGAAGGCCGCCCAGGCGUCCAAGCGGGAGCUGGCGCCAGGCCAAGCGGCAACGGCAGCACUGGAUGUCCGAUGUGGGCUCGAGGUGCCCGGGGUCAACGGCAACGCGUGGAGGAGGAGCCUGGAGGUCAUUGAGGCCUUCAUCGCUCGGCACGGCGCCAGGCCGCACCUGGUCAUGCUCCAGGAGACCCGCCCGGCCCCGCCCCGCCUGGAGGAAGCCGGGAGCGCUGCGCGGCGCAUGGGGUGCACGGCGUUAUUCCACGCGGCAGCGCCCACGGACAAGGAAGGCCCGCUCGCGAACUCAGGCGGCGUGGCGACCCUGGUGCGCAGUGGCCUGCAGGCAGCGGAGAGUACGUGGACGGCGCCGAGUGACUUGAGGCAUCGCAUGAUCGGGGUCACUAUCACCACGGCGUCAGGGCUGCAGUUCCUGGCAUGCUCGCUGUAUUUGCAGGACGCCCUGGGGCCCAAGGGCAUAAACCUCGACAUCUUCGCCGCCUUCGGCGACAUGGUGCUGUCCGAGGGCAUGCCGUGGCUCGCGCAGGGCGACUUCAACAUGGGGCCAGGCACGCUGCGCGAGCUGGGCUGGCCACGGGUGCAGCGCGGCACGUACCUGGGGCCUGCCGAGUGCACAUGCGUAGCUCAAUGUGCGGAACAUGUGUACGACUGGUUCGUGGGUUCCUUCUGCCUGGCCCACGGCGUCAGAGAGGCCUCAGCUCUGGAUGGCUUUGGGCUGUGCCCCCACAAGCCUGUGAGGCUGCUGCUGCAGGAUUUGAGACCCGACGCCCUGGUGCAGCCCUGCAACUGGACCUGGGAGGUAGGCUCCCAGCCGAGCGACGCCUCCGAGGCCGCUCAGCAGUGGAUCCAAGCCGUGGAGAGCACCUUGGUGGGAAUCUACGGCAUCGACGACACCGACCUCCCCAUGUACCUGGGGCGAUCUGCAGGGCCUAAGGUUGUCCUCAAGCCCCUCAGCGCCGUGGUCAAGUGCGAGCACCGCCACCGGCACUCGGCCCUCACCCACGCCAUCCGCCAGGCCCUCGACGUCGCUCUCCAGAGGCUCACCGCGGGCAAGACGAAGCGGUGGCAGCCCGCGCACGAGGCCUGGUACGAGCGGCAGGUCGAGCGGGCCCUCGCCGACGCGGAGGCUACCACGGUCGCUGCCUGCGAGGAGGACGAAGUCGAGGCCCUCGAUUUCGACACUGGCGAGUGGGGCGACCUCGUUAGCCAAGCUGGCCUUCAUGGAGACCCAGAGGCGAUUGCAGUGCUGCAGCGGCGCCUCGCAUGUUCCCAGAGGCGCGACGGAUGCGCCAAGGAAGCGGUGCAGAAGGGUGGCAGGCCCUUGGCUGGCAUGCUGGCAGUCGGGCAGCUGGAGGCCAACUGGCAAGCCCUCUGGCAGCAGGAGGGCUUCCAAUCGGGUGCUGGAGUCGGCAGCUGGGAUGUCCGAGGAGCGAGCUUGCCCCCCCUCAGCCUGGAGAUGCUGCAGGCUGUCUGCAGGCGCUAUUCACCUACGGCAGGUGCAGCUGGGCUGGAGGUGGCGCGCGUCCUCCGCAGCCAGCACCUGCCCAUCAGUGCCGCCAAGACGACCUUCCUUGCCUCGAGUCCCAGCCUGGGGCGCCAGCUGGGCGAGUUCUGGAAGUCGCAGGGCUGGACCUUCCGUAAGACCUUGCAGGCCAGGAACCCCGGCACGGACGCCACCAUCACGAGGAGGGGAGUGCACGGGGGCCGAGUACGAGCAGCUGGUGCACUGUGCCGCGCACGCAGGCUGGGCUGCUUGCGAGCUGCAGGCGUGGAGGUGGACCUCAUCCACAAGGCUGGGCCCACAGCCAGCAAGGUGUGGGGGCGCACAGUCACAUGCAUCGCGGACGGUGAGCUGCACAGCUGGAGGCUCGCCGCGUGCCGCAGCGCAGGAGCGCCCCCCAUGGGCGCGGCGCUUGGGCUCCGCAUGCGAUGCGCCGAGCUCAGAAGGAGGCGCGACCUUGACCCUGCAGUCCUCACGACUGGCCAUGCAGUCCAGAUGCUGGCGAGCCUCCUGCAGUCAGCCGAGCUGCCACACAGGAUGAUGGCGCGGGGGCUGGAGGCAGCGGCAGCCAGGCAUGCAGCUGCCGACACACUGUGGAAGCACUGCGCCUCCCCCAUCGACGCGGCGGUGCUGACCCUCGCUCGGAUCGGCUGGCACUUCAAGUCCGAGCGCUUCCUCGUCACGGACCUCGGCGACGAGCUCGACCUCUUGCUCCUCGGGCCUCGUGGGCUAGGGCUGGAGGCUGGCCUCGGCGCCAGGCGUGCCUCCCAUCGCCAUGAGAUGCGGAAGCUCAGCCACGACCCCCUCCUGCAGCGGCCCCUGUACUGGGACGCCAUCGGGCGGCUGCUCGGGCCAGACAGUGAGCUGAGCGUGAGGGGGCAGAAUGCGCUGGGGGCCUACAUCUCCAACACGCACUGGACGCAGGCUAGGCUCUUCGACGCAGGAGAGCGAGGGCACGCGUGCUGCUUCCGCUGUCGGGCCGAGAGAGGCACCUUGCGGCACCGCCUGUUCGAGUGCCCGUUCUGGAGCCCCAGCGGCGCGAUGGAGUGUCGCCGCACUGACGCCAUGUGGGCGCAGUGGGUCAGCAGGCCAGCCGACGAGAAGCUCAACGGCAAGCUGUACCUGGACGGCUCGGCCCUUGAGCCGCAGUUCGGUGCCCUUCGCCGCGCGGGAUGGGCCAUUGCACAGUGCGACGACGAUGGCAACCUGGUCGCAGGGGUCUACGGCACCGUCAGGCGAGACCUCUGCCCGCAGCAGACGGCCAAGGACGGCGAGGACCUCGCAGCGUGGAUGCUCGCCACCUCUGCAGGGCCAGCAGUUGAGGAGGUCAACAUCGACUGCAGCUCCACCGUGACCUGCCUGCGCAGGGGGCGUGCUUACGCGACCAAGCCCAGCAGGGCCAACGCCCAUCUGCGGGGCAGGAUCCUGGCAUGCCUCGAGCCAGGGACCUUCGCUGUGAGGAAGGUGCCAGCCCACUGCUCAAGGCAGGCGGUGCUCGACGGGCGCCUAACGGAGGCCCAGCGGCGCGGCAACGAGCAUGCUGACCGCCUCGCCAAGAUGGGGGCCCUGAUGCACGCAGUGGACAGGCAGACGGUCGGCGAGCACCACGCGCGGGCGGAGAUCGUGCUGGAGCUAGGGCGCUGGAUCAGUCGGGCAGCCAUCCUCUGGCAGGACAUCGCGGCCAAGGACUGUGAAGGGCUGCCGCCUGCAGCUGGGCGACGCCGGGUCCGCUUCGCCGCUGCGGAGGCGCCGCGGGCAGCAGAGGAGGCCGCUAGCCUAGCGCCGAGCGCCAAGCGGCCGCGCCUGGAGAGCGCCCGCUCGGCAGGCAGCAGCACAGCCGCCCUCUCGGCCAGCGCUGCAGCCUUCAGCAUCCUGGGGCACGCCCUCGCCUACGCCUGCUCGGGAGAGGGGGGCGGAGCCCAGGAGCUCGUGGCGUGCACCAAGUGCGGCGCCUACAUGACGCUGGGAAGUCGCAGUCGCUCUGGCGUUAGGCCCCGCCUCAAGGAGCGGUGCCCAGGCGACAAGGCCGACAGAGGUGGCAGGAACCAGCGCAGCCUAUGGCUUCGGGGACUCCAUCCUGGCGGCAGGAGGCAAGAGGGGUCCCGUACUGCCAGGCACAGAGUGGAAGGAGAAGGCAUCCCUGCUCUGCGCUCGCAGGGGCCACUGCCUGAGCAUGCGCAGGAGCAGUGCCUGGAGUGGCUCGGCAUUGCGGCCGAGCCAGAGGUCGGCCCCUCGGCUGCGGCGAGCUCGGCAGGCAGCGCCUCCGCGGCGGCCGCAGCGCCCACCGAGGUGCAGGGCCCUGCGUUGGCGACCGCAGUCGCGCCCGCGGCGGCCGCCGACGCCAGCCUGCCUCUGCGACGGCCAGCUGCGGAGCGGGCGGCCCUCCUCGGGGCUUUCGGGGUCACGGAAGAGGAGCGCGGCCGUGGCAGUGGUCGGGGCCCUGGAG